CUUAGUCCUUGUCCGGCUGCCUCAUGUCACUCUUGCCUGUACCGCAUCGACGGGAUCACUGCCGCACACCUCUGAUAUCAUUCGAAGAAUUCCUUACGCUGAUUACGCAAUUCACACAUCACCGUCAACAACUUAGCGAGAGAUAGAUCCAGCGAGCGAGAGAGCAAAAUUGUUUUUAGAGCAUGCGUGACUCUGGCGCCAUAAGUGUGACUUGCAGUGGAGGCGAUGAUGCUAAGAUUCCUGACUCGCAGCGUAUAAGUUGAGCUCCAUCAACCUACAGUUGUUGCAGCGAGGAUGCGCAGCGUCGGGGAGCUUGGUGACCGAGUAGGGUGGAAGUGUGAGGUGGCGAGUUGGCGUGUUCUGUUUUUGGGAUCGAGUGAAUGAUUCGAUGGAUUUGUAUUUGGUUCGAGGUGUUUUUGAGGAGAGAAUUCGAGGUCCUCCACUGGCUGGUGAUAGUGAGGAUGGCUUCGCAUUGUCUGAUUGCUUCUCAAUCAAAUGUGUUGUGGUGGCGUCUUUGUCUGGAGCUCUUGUUUCUGAAGCAUUCAUGGCGCGGAUGGCCCUGUAGCGUGCAUUGAGCACUGCUUUAACAUCACAAGAUUGUAGUUGUGCAGGCUCUGAAUUAUAUAUAGCACUGGAUUGUUAGAUGCGCAGGAACGCAUCGCAUAGCAAUUUCUAAGACUUCUCGAAGAUCCAUGCGUGUUAUGCAUUCCUUGGAUUGCUGAUCUAAAGCUUGCUGUAAUUACUGAAGUACUUGGAAGAUUUGUCAUAGAGUCUUGUUUUGUGAUGCACUCUUGUACUCCAGCACAAAAAUUGAAGGCCUGAGCGUUAUAAGAUAUGUGUGCGGACGCAGUAACCACCGCCUUUACAUGUGUCUUCCUUGAUCUACUCAACAAGACCACUUAAAAUUUCAUACACAUUUUGCUGAAAAUUCUGGACACGGACUCUGUUUCUCGGUUUCAACACUGCCAUUUCAAUUCUUUAUAUGUACUCUCCAAGCUCAAAAAGCAUGGCACUUGAAGAAGAGUAUUCGAUUGUGCAAGUUGUGUAUCAGCUCAACUGGGAUGGAAAAUUUGAGGACCCUCACAUGAUCGAGGUGCAAUAUCCACCUGGCCAAGAUGGCGUACGCCUGAGAGAUGUGAAGAAGCGGCUUACUUUGCUGCGCGGACAAGGCAUAAAUCAUUCGUUUUCGUGGUCUUACAAAAGAAACUACAAAAGCACAUUCAUCUGGAAGGACUUGAGUGAUGACGAUGUGAUCCAUCCAUUGCACGGCUCAGGAGAUUUCGUCUUGAAAGCUUCACAACUUAUUGACAUUUUUGCUAGCAAGCCAGCUGAGAAUCUCGCCAAGUGCCAAAAUAAAGAAAAGCAAGGGUCGUUCAAAACUCAAGUAUCCAGAGGUUGUGGCCUCGACCUAUCAAAUCAAAGUGAUCAUAGAAGCUACCGAAUCAUGUGGAAUGGCAAUGUCGCUUGCGCCAAUCGAGGCAACUCACUAAAUGCCGCCAAACAAAGCCGUUCAGCAAGAAGAUCAGAUGACUCAAAGCAAGAGGUGAUAGAUGUGGAAAGGUCGGAUUUCUGCUUAUCGUCUUCUGACAAUGAAAUUUCGCCUCGCCUCCUAAAAAUGGUCAACUGCAAACCAGUGAAGGAUACCCUGGCUAAGAUCAGACAGUCGUCAACAUUGCAAGGUGUACAGACUUUACCUUACGAUUCCCUCCCCUCAUCGAUUGAACCACCCUCAACACCAGGUAGUGCGAAAAGACUGUGGAAGAGGGAGAUCAGGAAAAGUUUGUUUGGAAUGCGUAACACGAAUUUGAGUCCUCCUUCCGAGAGAUCAGGAGAGUACGCUCUCUUGUCUCCAGAAGCCUCGCACGUUGAAUGUAUGCACGACGAUAUAUCAUUCUGGAGUGGCUGUCGAUCAAAAAGCUUGAGCACCUUACAUCUUAGUGAAAUAAAAGAGGAACAUGAAGAGAACGACAAACAGGAGAUUGAUCAGUCCACUUCUAAUAUCAUCAGAUCACUUUGGUCUCGGUGGACCCGAGGAAGUAGUAAGGGAAGGCGAAGCCUCGGCCGCACAUGUGAAGUAUCAUUGAUUCAUCCAAGUGAUGCCGCAAAGACUCUGAAAACCAAAACCCACCCGCAAGCAAACGUGCUCCGAACUUGCUCCAAUUCGCCGAUCAAGGAAAAAAUAUCAACUCAUGUUUCACGAUCCUGUCAAGAGACUCGUCAUCUACCAGUAUUACAUAGAAAAAGCAGUCGUACUCCUGAAGAAAAUCAGAUCCCUCGAAAGAAAGAGCUUGCGCAUUGUCAAAUAUCGAAGGCGAAGAUCCUCACCAAAAUUACACUUUCAAGGACAGAAGUCAAUUUCACAAUUGCUGACGAGGAGGCACCGUCAAACGUGAACCCCCACAAUAAUCCACGGGAACUCAAUACGAAAGAAGCAGUGCUGUCUGUGCCGAGUUUGCAAUCCGAGCCCGACAGUUCAGAAAUAGAUAUUGACAAGGGUUCUUCAGAAAAAGACGCAGAGACACCAACAUCUGCUGUAACGAGAGUUCUCGUCAAAAGCGCGAUAAAUAGCAAUGGUCCACCAAGCGUGAAGAAAACCACGUCACCGAUGCCUCUUCCUCCAGGUUUUCACAAGGGUACCAACGACACAAAACCAGUGCAGACUCCAAGAAAAGCCAUCGGAAAGAAGUGCAUAAACUUUCCCGAAAAUCAUGAGAAAUCAUUUAUUCAUGGAUUGACGACUUCAGAUUGGGAAAAAGCUCUGCAAGACCCCGAGACUGAUUGUUUACCCCCACCCAACUUUGGACAAUUCCUCCAGGAGUGCCCGCAUUGCGGAAGGACCUUCAAGCCAGAUUCAUUAUUAGUUCAUAUGAGAGGAUGUCAUCCUCCAGAGUAUGCGAGAGCAUUUUCUGCUCGGGCGUCCCCGCAUCAGACACGAUCCCAAGGUUAUUAAGAUUCUUGCAGGGAAUGCACCUUGUAAGAGACGUACUUCUCCACGACGAGAACGACUGAAACAGAUGGUUAGUUAAUCUGAACAGUCGCUCAGCUACAGCUUCUUCAAGUGCUUCAAUGGGGUGACCACACCUAACAUCUAUACUAUCACCAUAGCGACGUGGCUGGAGGUUGGUCGAAGGCCAUGCAUGCUACAAUCUGUCGUGAUUAGGACUCAUGCUCCACGGUAUGCUUUCUCUGCAUGUUUUGAAUAGUAUGUCGUCACAUCAGACUGCAUCAUCAACGACGUGGGCACCUAGCGUGCAGCAAUGUGAGCACAUUAGAGAGGUAGUUGCCGAGAACCGUGCAACCGAGAAAGGGAGUUUUAGAAGCUGUCAAUCAAAAUCUUUAGCUCACCGUAAUAUAGCCGUGGCAAUCAUGUGCUUCAAUUCUGUUCAUUCGAAAGUACAAACAAAUAAACUUCGGGCUCACGUUCUUGGUACAAGGAUUUACAAUUGGAGCUA